GGCUGUGGGUCCAGAAUUAGAUGAGAGAGAAGAAGGCUGUGCGAUCCAGCCUCAGUAUAUGUCUGCGCCACAAGGAUGGGGAGCAUCCAGAACAAGAAAAAGGGAUCCGUUCAUUAGGAUGGAGGAGCGCUGGGAAGCCCAGUGGCAGGAGUUCCUGAGGACGCUCCACCCAGGAGGAGGAAACCCCGUGAGGAUGGCAGAGGCCUCUCCCUGGGAAGACCCCAAGGCCUUCCUGGCCUCCUUUGAGCAGGUGGCCACAGCCUGCCGCUGGCCCAGGGGAGAGUGGGCGGCCCGCCUCCUGCCGGCCCUGAGCGGAGGAGUGGAAGAGGCCUUCCGAGCCCUGGAAGCCGGAGACCAAGAGGACUAUGGGAAGGUCAAGGCGGCCAUCUUGCGAGGGGAAGCCCUGAGAACGGAGGCGCAGCGGCAGCAUUUUCGGCAGUUCUGUUGCCAGGAGGUGGGGGAUCCCCGGAGGAUCCACAGCCAACUGCAGGAGCUCUGCCGCCAGUGGCUGAGGCCGGAGAGGCGCACCAAGGAGCAGAUCCUGGAGCUGCUGAUCCUGGAGCAGUUCCUGGCCAGCCUCCCACCAGAGCUGCGCAGCUGGAUCCAAGCCCGAAGGCCGGACACGUGUUCCCAGGUGGUGGCCCUGGUGGAGGAUUUUCUGCAGAGCCAGCAAAAGGGGCCACCAAAGAAGUACGGUGACAUUUCGCCUGUGGAUGAAGGAUUGUUGGAGGCUGUGAAGAGAGAAGAUGUUGAAAUGGAGAUCAGCGUGCCAGAUAACAGAAGGGAAAAUCCGGUCAAGGUGGAGAGUUUUCAGGUUGGAGAAGAAGAGCCAGAGGAGACAGGCAGGACAGACCCCUUGAGGAGCCCCAUGAAUCUGCCACUAAAAUCUGAACUAGCAGAAGACAGUUGUCAGCUGAAAUGGAAGCCACCACGGGGGAAUGAGAAUACAGCCAACUUGCUUGAAGAGGUUCUUAGUGCAGGUGUUAUGGAAAAGACCACUGUGUCCAACCAGGAUGAAACCCCCUUGUUCUCCAAAUACGGUAGAAGGUACCGUUAUAGAGUAGAGGUUGAUAAGAUACGUUCCCCUGAGGAUUAUGAAGAAUGUCCUCAAAGGACGGAGGGAAGUGGCCAGUCUCCUUUCGCUCUUAAUAAGCAGGAAAAAACAGUAACUGAGAAAAAGGAGGAACUACCUGAAAGUAAAAUGGGGGAUAAUACGAACAGAGAUCAGAGCAGUCAUCCGGAAGAAAAAAAUGCUAAUUCUCCUGAGCCUGUGAAAACCUUUAGUAAUGCAAACUCUCUAAAGAGAUUUCAGAUAGGUAAAACUGAAGAGAGAUGGCAUGAAUGUUCUCAGUGUGGGAAGGGCUUCAACAAGGCAAAAUACUGGAAGCAGCAUCAGAAAAUUCACACCGGGGAGAAACCAUACAAAUGUUCUCAGUGUGGAAAGUGUUUCAAUCAGUCAGGAAAUCUGAAGACUCACCAAAGAAUUCACACCGGGGAGAGACCCUACAAAUGCUCCCAGUGUGGGAAAUGCUUCCGGGAGACAGGAAUUCUCAAGAGACACGAAAGAACUCAUACUGGGGAGAAACCGUAUGAAUGUGCUCUCUGUGGGAAGUGCUUCAGUCACACAAAUGUUUUGAAGAUCCAUCAGAGAAUUCAUACUGGGGAGACACCCUACAAAUGCUCUCAGUGUGGAAAAGGUUUCAGUCAGAUGGGAAAUCUGAAGAAGCAUCACAGAAUUCAUACUGGAGAGAAAAUGUAUAAAUGUUCUCAGUGUGGGAAAUGCUUCAGUCUGGCAGGAAUUCUGAAGCGGCAUCAGAGAAUUCAUACUGGAGAAAGGCCCUAUACAUGUUCCCAGUGUGGGAAAGGAUUUAACAGGACAGGGACUUUGAAGAAACAUCAGCGACUUCACACUGGAGAGAAACCUUACAAAUGUUCUCAUUGUGAGAAAGACUUCAACCAGAUGGGAAAUUUGAAGACACACCAGAGAAGUCAUACUGGAGAGAGAACCCACCAACGUUCUUAACGUGGACUUCAAUUUGACAGGAAUUCGGAGACAUCAAGGCAUUCGUGUUUUGGGGAGACCUUACAGAAUUUUUUCAUACAGGAAAUACGGGGUCAUUGUGAUGGUUUGAGGAAUGAUCAGUCAACUCGCAAACACUGUGACGUCCUACAAAUGUUUUCACUGUAGGAAAUACUGUAGGGAGAAGGUAGGUUUUGUGUGUUACCACAGAUAUAACUGAAUCCUGGUGGGAUGAGUCCUCAUAAUCAAAGGCUACAUUUUGUUGAAAAGGAACAGAAGCAAAGAUAAGGGAGAAGGGAUUGUUCUGUGUUGGAAGUAAUUGAAGGAAUGAAUAAAAACUUUACGAGGUUUGGUACCUGCCAUCAC